AUGCAAUUUCCAAAACGACCUAUGCUACCUAAUGCUGAUGACCUUUGCUUCAUCACACCACUUGUGAACUCGACAGAAGUAAAUUCCAAGUCCCCUGCUGCUCAUAGAAUGGCUUCUCCAGCACUGAGUUUGAGGCCUCAAAAGCCUUCAAUAGUGUUGUUCUUUAUAUGCAUUUCAUUUUCAUAUUCUGUUGAAGAAGCCAUAAUAUCUUCUAAGAAGUUAGACCAACCACUGUUUCCACCACCAGCAGAGACUGAAAUCAAGUGUGGAUCAUGUCCUUGUGGAGACACCUGUGGUGAGCAGCUUCCACCACCCCCACCACCUCCUUGUCUAUCGCCGCCUCCGCCACCGCCACCACUGCCAUCACCACCGCCUCCACCGCCAACAUCACCACCUCCUCCUAAGUUUCCCACAUGUCCUCAGAACUGCAAUCCCUUGCCACCUCCACCACCACCGAGAUUCGUAUACGUGCCUGUGCCAGGUGUUCCAAAACCAUAUACUUGGGUAUAUUAUUAUUCUGGUGCUGAGAACAGAGCAGUGGGGUUGCUUGUUUUGGCUGGUUUGGGAGGACUAUCAUUGGCAACGCUACUUUUGGAUGACAUCAUGAAGCUAAAUUUACAUUCUUGA